GAGGUCUUUGCCAGGUACUAAUGUAAUGAUCAGAUUGCGGGUUUAUGUUUCCCUACUUGAGAAUAAUGGUGACAGGGGCACUAGAGUCUCCAAUUUUUCUUCAAGCUUAAACACCCUACCUGAGGUUUCCGUCAUACAUAAGUGCCAGAGUCAUGAGAAGACUCAGAAUCCCCACUUCUGUACUGUAAAAUUUGCAUGACAAUGAGCUCCCCUGACAACUCGGACUCGCAGGUGCUUGAACUCGGAUGGGUGCUUUGGAGCUUCCAUUAUGCCAAUGUGGCUGUAACUUCGUUCUGGGUAUAUGACUACUUCCUCACCUUGGCCGACGAGGUUGUAUUUUUGACGCAGUCACAAUGGAAAUAUCCGAAGCUGCUUUACAUUGGCUGCCGAUACCUUACCUGCAUUUACUUGUCAUCAGUGAUGCUCGUGGCAUUGCAACCCACGAUGUCAAUUGAAACGUGUCGCACGAUGUACUCUGUAAAUACGUAUAUAGGAUGUGUGAUUAUGGCGUGUGCCGAGGGUAUCUUCUUGGCCCGCGCUUGUGCAAUCUGGCAAUUUAGGAGGCGCAUAACAGUUAUGCUCCUGAUCAGCGCAUUGCUAUACCUUUUUGCUGUUUAUAUGGUGUUCUCAAGCAGCCGAUCUGCACCUCAGAUUACUAAGCCUCGCAUCCCUGCCACGAGCUGUUUUGAGACUGGCGAGGGCAGGAUCAUCAUAAUUGUCUACGUGUUACUGGCUGUGGCGGAGAUACAAGUAUGGAUGUUCUUGCUAUACAAGGCCGUGGUAAGCUACUGGCGAGAAGGAACUGAUAAUCGCCUGUUGAGACAACUGGUUCUCCACAAUAUGAUUUACAUGACCUGCGGACUCAUCUUCUCAUUCACAGUCAUAACAACGACAGUGCUUGUCAAGGAAUAUUAUGGUUUCAUGAUGGUAAAGUUUAUACGCAUCUGGCAAGUCACUAUCCACACUUUUCUUGUGACAAGUAUGUCUCGUGGACUCUGGAGAGCAGACCGGCAGCGUUCCUCAUUAGAAUCCUUACCUACUUUUUCACCCGAAACGUUGAAUCAGGUGUAAUUUUUCAUCUUUAAUCCUUUCAUCUUUUAAUGGUGUGUUUAUCACCUGUCACGACUGCAUGUUGGAGGCAUGCUGUGGUAUCCAU